UAAACACUGAGCUAUCCAGUGGACGGUCCAAAUGUGUUUUUAAGGGUAUAAACACCUGGACUACAACAGCCCUUCUGAUCAAGUUACAUUUGUCAGCCUCCAGACAGUAACAACCUCUGAAUGGAUUGGUGUACCACAAGGAAGUGAGGAAGACACCGUACCAGAAACUUUACUCUGGCAAGCAACAAAAUGCCCUGUUAGAGAAUGGCUGAUUCUGGGUCAGUAGCUGCUGGCCCCGCCCCCUUUUGAGCACGGAAAGGCAAACAGUGAGUUCUGUGACGAGCAGGCUGUCUUCUCUGCUCAGAUGCAGGUAAAUGCUGCCAUGAUUAAAUGCCAUGUCAUGUUCCAAACCACUUCAAGGAUUAUUUCUGAAACAGUAUGGAGCUCAAAUGCUUUUUUUCUUGCGGGUUUACUACAAGCCUCCAGACAGUAACAACCUCUGAAUGGCUUGGUGUACCACAAGGAAGUGAGGAAGACACCGUACCAGAAACUUUACUCUGGCAAGCAACAAAAUGAAUAACUUCCAACCAUGCUGUGUGUAAAUGUCCGCUGGGUUGCUGUGCUGCUCUGUGCUUGGACUGCGAUGUUUGGAUCGAUGGGACAUCCUCUGGACAACAAGACGAACAUGACAACAGUCACUCCUCAGAUGGAAGAGGAAUCAAGAGAAGAGAUGAUGCCGACUCCUGCUAACACCACAGACACAAAUGCAACAUAUGUUUUCAAGCAUUCUGUGCGUCAGUCCCUGUCCUUGUCUGCCGGGGAGCAGGAGUUUCUCCUGAAGAGGAAACAAGUCGCUCUGAAGGCACUCAACAAGCUGGGAAUCAAGAGUACACUGGAUUCAGUCCCUCACGUUGCAAUCUUGGGGUCCGGCGGGGGUCAGAGGGCCUCUGUGAGUCUGGUGGGGUCCCUCGAUCAGCUGGAACAGGAAGGCCUGUUGGACACUGUUAUCUACCUGGGAGGAGUUUCUGGAACUGCCUUGGCGAUGUACUCUCUGUACAGCGACCCACAGUGGAGCAGAAACAUGGACCGAGCCGUGUCCAGGCUCUCGGCCCCCGGGGUCAAACCACUAGAGGUCGUGUCCUGGCUGGGCCAGAAGGCUAAGGAUAAGCGCUUCUCUCUUAGUGACAUCUGGGGGGUCUUCAUCUCUGCUGCCAUCACCAAACAGUUGGUCCUUCGACGUCUCUCUGAUGAUCGCAUGAACACCUUCAACCCCUAUCCCAUCUACAACGCAGUAAACAAAAAGUGCCUGAAAAACGGCCCUGUAAGAGGUAAAUGGUUUGAGCUGACUCCUCAUGAGGCUGGCUUCACAGAUCUGGGUCUCUUCAUUAACACCUCUCAUGUGGGCAGCUCAAACUAUGAUGAGGGUCCUGAAGGUAAAGAGACGGAGAUGGACAUGACCCAGAUGCAAGGUAUAAUGACCAGCGCUUUAGCAGAUGAAGAGUCAAUGCUAAUCUAUUGCCCUGACUGGAUGAAAGGUCUGGUGGGUUCGGUUAACACUGCUCUGUCUAAGAUGAAAAACAUGAAGAAAUCACUGGACGGGAUCCUUGAGCAGGGGCGUCAGAAAGUGAUGGAACCGUUACAGACCUGGAGCGAUAGUCUAAGUGAAGGACCAGUCCAAGAGAAAGUCUCUUGGAUGAUACAAAAAGGCCUCCCUAUGAUUGGAAACUGGGAAUGGGGAACAACUGAAAACUUCCUCUACCAAUACCCAGGUGCUGAGGUGCCGUCAUGCAUCAGCGGAGAGAAGCAUCUGCAGCUGAUAGACGGGGGUUUGAUGAUGAACAUGCCUUUCCCUCCCUUCCUGGGUGAAAAGAGAGAUGCAGACCUCCUCAUCACUCUUGAUUCGGGGGCUAGUCAAACCUUCGAGACGCUGAGUGUGGCCAGAGAUUACGCAAAGGCAAUGAAGAAGCCUUUCCCAGAGAUAGACGACAGGAUCUUUGAGGAGAAAGACUGGCCGGAGGACUGCUAUGUGUUCGAGGGAAAAGACAAGGAACCCACCAUCGUUUACAUUCCGCUCUUCAACAGACACAACUGUAAAGAUGUGGAGGAAGUCCAAGCAAAGAUGAAGGAGUUCUCCACCUUCCAGCUUCCCUUAAACCAGGAGAGGAUUGAGUUUGUGUUGGAGACGGCGAAAGCUAACAUCAGGAACAACAAGGACACUCUGCUUAUGGAGAUUUACAAGGCCUCUCGCCGCAGACACAAGAAGAUGUAGGGCAGUCAGUGUCUUCAGUAGUCUGACCUCUACCUUAAUACCGUUUGUUCCACACAAACAUUGAGGCAUUGAUGGGAAAACAUGUUUCCAAUGAUUUGAUAUAUGAUCCAAUAUUUUAGUUUAAAUUAUUUAUUGCUUAAACACUGUGUUAAAUUGUUUGAUUUCACAUUCAUUUGAAACCAUAUUUAUGUUUAAACAUGACUGAAAUAAUCCUGUAUUAUUUAGAUGUAGUAACGUAAAUGAAACACUAGAGGUCAGUCUAUGUUCAAGAUGUUCUGACUGGUAUCAGUAACGUUUCUGAGGACAACCCUGAUAGAUACUCACAUUCUUUACAGUAUUGUAUUUGUUGAAAAAUGACAUUUGGAGCUAUUUAUGGUAGAAAUGACUCUUUAUUGCGUAAUAAAACAAAAUAGACCACAAGUUCAACAUGUUGUUCCAAAGUCUUUAUCGAUGUCCUGAUUUUUUUUGACAAAAUAUUUCUUAUUCAAAAAGACAACCCUUCAACUGGGCAGCUGCAAACCGCUUACACAGAUAAACAACAUCACUUCAGUAAACGUGGC